AGGGGAAGGCGGCUUUCUAGGGCCUUCUUCCAGGCUCGCCAGCUUGCUCCACCGACCAUUCCUCCUGGCUUCGUCCCGACACGGAGACGAGACGAGGCCACAAAAUGCUGAAAACCUUCGUGGGCGGAUGGAUGUGGAUUUGCGAACCACCUGCCCUGUCUGGGCUGGGGCUGGGGCUGGGGCUGUAGGCCCUGUAGCGGAGGAGGCGACGCUGAUGCGUGAUCGUAGUGGGGGCGGCGCGUCGGUCGUACACGUACCCAUCCAUGGUGGAGUAGUGGUAGUGGUGGUGGAGAGUGAUGAGUGACCAGCUCGCCACCCUGGGUUCUGAUGAAAUUCCCGCUGCCUGGUGCCAGCCAGCCGCGCGGAGGAGCUCGCUGAUGGACGCGCGCUGCACGCGGGGAAUCGUUCCGGAUUUGUUUAUUUGUGCGAGCAAUCUGCCUUGCUUGCACGCUGCCCAUGCCCAGCUAGCAUGCUGAAAAAUCUCUUGCGUAAUUGUUUUUUAUUAUCAGAAUGAAAUAUUUGGCCUGUACCAGUUUUUGUUUAGUGGUUAUGGGGUAGGCUUGGUCUCCUAAUUUAAAUCCACAGCUUUCCCAAUCGGUUGUGCUGUCCUAAUCUGUGCCACUUCCACGGUCUGGACCUGGCGUGCCGAUGCACGAUUGCCUGUGGAUUGGAGUUGCGUCUUCGGCUCCGACGUCGCUGUCCGAGCCAUGAAACAAUUCGCCGCAGCGGCAGCAGGCCGGGCGAGGCGUGCGAGUUCCACAUUUUCUUAGCGUCUCGUAGACCAGAUCGUCCCUGUUGAGAUGCCCGCAUGCGCGUGGGGGGCAAGACUGCCCUGCACUUCCCAAAUAUUCUAGCCUGGUGGGCAGUGGGAGGGGAGAUCGAGGUGGACGAUUGCAGCUUUGGAUUAUUCAGAACCGAUGGCGCGAGACCGACCAAUCAUGGCCGCUGAUCUUAUCCACAGCGACAUUCCAACUGAUAGAUGCCGCUCACUCUUGGUGCUGCGUUCCACGAGCCUGAGAGUAGUGGUGGAGGUCGAGAGACGGCCGUCUGCUCAGCCGUCGUUGGCGACGGCUCGUUUCAGGGUCCCCCACCUACUAAUCACGACCCUGGCCUCUCUCGAUUCUGUUGCCUUGCCAUUGCCAUCAUCCACCCUCAUGCAUGUCGGUGCAACGCCCAUGGGCAUCCACUGGUGCUUAUAAGAGGAAUAAUCCGGCUUCCGUUCCUCUGAGGACAUCCUCGGCCUUCCAGGGCAGCAACCACGAAAGCCUUCUGCGCGGGGUGCUUUCCUCGCAGCAAAUAUUCCUGCCUUUUGCAUUCCGGCUUUGCAAGUUCCUUGCUUUGGGCAUAUAUAUUGUGAGGUCUCUAUAUAUAUAGGUGGUUCGAGGUGAUCGGCAGAACCACACAGGCAAAGAUGGCGAGCGUGCACAAGGCCACCACCCUUGUUCUCAUGUUCUGCCUGCUAGCGCUGGGGAGAGCGGAGUACCUCAAGUACAAGGACCCAAAGCAGCCCGUCGCUGUUCGCAUCAAGGACCUGCUGGGUCGGAUGACUCUCGCCGAAAAGAUCGGCCAGAUGACGCAGAUCGAGAGGGAAAACGCCACGGCCGACGCGCUGGCCAAAUACUUCAUAGGUAGCGUGCUGAGCGGCGGAGGCAGCGUGCCUGCUCCUCAGGCGUCUGCUCAGGCUUGGGCCGCCAUGGUGACCGAGAUGCAGAAGGGCGCUCUUUCUACGCGUCUGGGUAUACCGAUCAUCUACGGUAUCGAUGCAGUGCAUGGGCACAACAACGUCUACAAAGCUACUAUUUUCCCUCACAACGUCGGGCUUGGAGCUACCAGGGACCCUGACCUCGUUAAGAGAAUUGGAGAAGCAACUGCUCUUGAAGUUAGAGCUACUGGAAUUCCUUACGCCUUUGCUCCCUGUAUAGCGGUCUGUAGAGAUCCAAGAUGGGGACGUUGCUAUGAGAGCUACAGUGAGGAUCCAAAGGUUGUCCAGUCACUGACUUCACUCAUCUCUGGCCUGCAAGGUGACGCUCCUGCGGAUUCCGCGGGAAGGCCGUAUGUUGGGGGAAGUAAGAAGGUUGCUGCAUGCGCGAAGCACUAUGUCGGUGAUGGUGGAACGCAUAACGGAAUCAACGAGAACAACACGAUCAUCGACACACACGGGCUGCUGAGCAUCCAUAUGCCUCCUUACUACAACUCUAUCAUCCGAGGUGUCUCCACGGUCAUGGUCUCCUACUCCAGCUGGAACGGAGUGAAGAUGCACGCGAACCAUUUCCUGGUCACGGAUUUUCUCAAGAACAAGCUCAAGUUUAGGGGUUUUGUGAUUUCCGACUGGGAGGGCAUUGAUCGGAUCACUACUCCUCCUCACGCCAACUACUCUUACUCAAUUGAGGCUGGUGUUGGUGCUGGAAUUGACAUGAUCAUGGUUCCAUUCAGAUACACAGAAUUCAUCGACGAUCUGACGACACAAGUUCAGAACAAGGUCAUCCCCAUGAGCAGAAUCGACGACGCCGUCUACAGGAUCCUUCGUGUCAAGUUCACCAUGGGUCUGUUCGAGAACCCUUACCCCGACUCUAGCCUCGCCGGCGAGCUCGGGAAGCAAGAACACCGGGAACUGGCGCGCGAAGCCGUCAGGAAAUCCCUUGUUCUCCUGAAGAACGGCAAGUCCUCCUACGCUCCGUUGCUGCCCCUCCCGAAGAAGGCCGGCAAGAUCCUGGUCGCCGGCAGCCACGCCAACGACCUGGGCAACCAGUGCGGGGGGUGGACGAUCACGUGGCAAGGAAGCAGCGGCAACACCACUGCCGGCACGACGAUCCUCUCCGGGAUCGAGGCCACCGUGGACCCCAGCACGCAGGUGGUGUACUCGGAGAGCCCGGACAGCGGCGUGCUGGCCGACAAGUACGACUACGCGAUCGUGGUGGUCGGUGAGCCGCCAUACGCGGAGACGUUCGGCGACAACCUGAACCUGACGAUCCCGGCGCCCGGGCCGAGCGUGAUCCAGUCGGUGUGCGGGGCCGCCAAGUGCGUAGUGGUCCUCAUCUCCGGCAGGCCGCUGGUGGUGGAGCCGUACCUGGGCGACAUGGACGCGCUGGUGGCGGCGUGGCUGCCGGGGUCGGAGGGGCAGGGCGUGGCGGACGUGCUGUUCGGCGACUACGGGUUCACGGGGAAGCUGCCGCGGACGUGGUUCAAGUCGGUGGACCAGCUGCCCAUGAACGUGGGCGACGCGCACUACGACCCGCUCUUCCCGUUCGGCUUCGGACUCACCACCAAGGGCACGAAGUGAGUGAGUGUGAGGCGCUCUGAUGGGAUGUGGCCUGUGAGUGAGCUGUGUAUUCGUGGGCGGGCGUGAGGCUCUUUGGCUUUCGAAUUGGUUGGGGGUGACGGGCGGCGAGUCGUGUACGCCGCACACAUUGCGCAGCGUACGUUGGGUUGGGAUGUUUGCGUCUGGGUAAUAACAGUGAUGCAUUCUUGAGAUGGUUGCUGUUAGUGUGGGUUGUUUGGAAUGAACAAUAAGAUCAGGCGCGUUACAUUGGCACGCUACUA